AUGCUAUCAUCGUCUAAACUAUUUAAUAGUCAAUCUCAAUUAGAAUGUAAUAUCCAAUUAAAUUAUUUACUUAGAGUGUUUGUUGGAUAUCUCAACCAAGAUUUUACAUGACUCAGCUAUUGAAUCAAAUAGGGAUUCUAAGAGCAUAAUAUUUAAUAGAAUUAAAGAAAUCACUCUUGAAGCUUUCUCUAAAUAGUUUACAGAUGAAAUUCAUCGUUUAUAAGCAGAAUUAAGAUAAGAAUAGGCACUGAAUGAUUAAAUUAAAAGAGAGUUUUUAGAAAGGGAAGAAACUAUUAUUCAAGAGUUUGAUUCUAAACAAAGAGAAUUUCAAUUAUAGCAAAUAAGAGAAGUUUAAGAACUUUAGGAUUUGCUAGAAGCUUCAGAAACAUAACUUUAAGUAAAUUUAAAUUUCAAAAUUAGAAAUAUUAACUAUAAAAUGAUAAGUUCAAUAAGUAAAUAAAGGAAUUACAAUCCAAAGAACAAUAAUUAUUGAAAGAGAAUUUAAAUGCUAAAGAUAAUUUAUUAUAAUUUGAUUAACGAUAUAAACAAUUAAACUCUGAUUUUAAUGAUAUGAGAUCUAGAAAUGAGUCUCUUAACUAAUUAAAUUAAUAAUUAGAUAGAUAAAAUAGAGAUUUUAAAAAUGAAUGUGAACGUACAUUAAAAGAACUUACUGAAUUAAAAAGAAAGUCAUAACAGUAAAUGGAUCUCAAUAAAUAAUUAGAUUAGGAUAUUGAAAUAUAUAAAAAUGAAAUUGAAAAACUUAAAACAAAAAAAAAUUAAGAAUUAUCUAAAUAAAAAGAAUUACUUGAUUAAUUAAAAGAAAAAAGUAAUAAUAAAAUAAAUGAUUUGAAAAACAGAUUAAAAGAAGCUUAAAAUAUUUAAUAAUAUCAAUAAGAAUAAUUAGAUGAAUUUUAAGAAUUAAUAAAAGAAUCUGAAAAUCAAUUAAAUUAAUUAUAAAUUAAUCAUAAAUAAAAUCUUAAAUAGAUGGAAUAAUAAUAUACUAAAUAAUUUUAAGAUUUGGAAUAAUAAUUUUUAGUUGAAAAAUUAAACUUAGAAGAAAAUUUAACUACUUCCUUUGAAUAAGUUGUCGUAGAUAAAGAUAAAUAAAUUUAAGACCUUAUUAAGGAAGUUAAGACAUAAAAAGAUAAAUUAUAUCAAUAAAAUUUAGAAUUAGAGAAAAUGUAACGGUAAUAAUAAAAUUUAGAAAUGGAAUUUAAUUAAUUAAAUGAUGAAUUAAAUUAAUAAAAUUAAGAUUUAUAGGAAUUAGAAAAUAAAAAUAGAAAUUUAGAAUUGGAUAUUACAAAAAAAGAUUAAAAAUUAAAAGCAGUAUUUUCAGAAUUAGAUGAUAUUAAAGUAUUUUAAGAAUAAACUUUCAACACUUUAAGAGAAAAUUAAGACUAUAUUAAUGAAAUAGAAAAGGAGAAUUAGUAAUAUUAAUAAUUUUUAUAACAUAUUUAACAUUUAUUAGAUAUUUCAAUAUAGGGAUCAUUUUCAUUAUAAAGAUUAGGAUAAGAAAUUGAAUAAAAAUUGAAAUAACAUAAAGAGGAUAUUAAAAAAUGUAUGGAUGAAAUUAAUAAGAAAGAAGAAUAAUAUAAUAUGGAAUUGUAAGAAAAAGAUUAAAAAUUAAUGUUAUUACAAGAUAAUUUUAAUGAAGAAAAUAAUAAAAUUUAAUCUUAAUUAUAAGAAUAAUAAUCUGAAAAUAGAAAAUAAAGAAAUGAAUUUAAAUAAAAAAUUGAAGAACAAAAUAAAAUUAUUAUUGAAUUAUAAAAAGAUCAAAUUGAAAGUAAUAAUUAAAUUGAAUUUUUAUAAAUUUAGAAUUAAUAAAUAAUUUAAGAUUUAGAAUCUAAUAAUGAUUAAUUAGAAUGUGCAAAAUAGGAGAUCUAAGAUAUGAUUAAAAAAGAUAAAAUGUAAAAUGAUGAAAUAGGAAAAUAAAUUAAUAUUUUGAAUAAUGAAAAAAAUUAAUUAUAAGUUUUACUUGAUGAAUAAAAAUUUAAAUAAAAAACUUUAAAAUAGAGAAUAAUUAGAGCUUUAAAUAGAUAAAAAGAAUUAAUGACUAUAUAACUUAUAGAAUUAAAAAAUACUUUCAUAAAUAAAUAAAAGUAAUUAGAAAGUGAUUGUAAAUAAAUAAUAUAAAAUCUAUAUAAAAAAUAAGUAAUGUUAACAGAAAAUAGGUUAUAAAUGAUAGAAAAUGAAAAAUAAUAUGAAAUUGAAUAAUUAAAUAUGGAAAUGGAGAAAAAAUUAGAUAAUUUAAAAAGACAAUUUAAAUAAUCAGAAUAAUUAAUUUAUGAAGAAGGUUAAAUUAAAUUAAAAUAAAAAUAAUAGUAAAUAGAAUAAUUAAUAAUAUCUAAAGCUAAUGAUAAUGAAUUUAAAACUUAAAUUUAAUUACUUAAUAAAGAAAAUGAAGAAUUCUAAAAGCAAUUAUAAUUACAAGAAUAACUAUUCAUUGAAUAAAAAUAAAAUUAUGAACUAGAAUUAAUGAAUUUAAAUAAACUUAUUAAAGAAUAAUAAGAAGAAUUGUAUUAUAUAUAUUAAUAUUUUAGAAUAUCAUAAUAACAAUUCUCUGAAUAUACAAUGAAUAAAGAGAGAUAAUAUUUUGAAUAAAGAUAUUAAGAAUUGAAACUUAGAUAAGAAAAAAAAGUAGAUUAAAUUUAAUAAGAUUACUAAUUAUAAAUCACAUAAUUAGAAAAUAUCAUUUAAUAGCCUAUUAAAAUGAAAUCUUAAUCUCCAAAUAAAAGUACAUAAAAAUCACCUAUUUAAAAUAGAUAAACUACAUAAUUAAGUAAUAUUAUUAAUAUUAUUAUUAAGGCAAUAAAUCUUAAAGUUUUGGAAGUCCAACUAUAAAUACAGGAAUAAAAACACCUAAUAAAACAGUGAUUUAGAUUGAUAAUACAGAUAAAACUAUAGAAGAAUUAAGAUUAGAGAUAUAAUAAUAAAAGGAAAAAUUAAGUCGAAUGAAAUUGACAUUUACAGAGAGCCAAAAAAAGCCAUAUAAAAGAAAUUGA